UGAAAGUAUGGAGGCAGAGUAAGAAAAGUUAAUUCUGUAUAGAAUUUUUAUUUUUGGAAAAAUAACGCCUUAUAAAAGUGUAUCUUUACUGUGCAUCAAGAUGUCGAGGAAAAAUAGAAAUAAGUGGAAUGUGAAAAUUCGCUUCUAGGCGGAUCAUUUUGAGACUUGAAAAAUAAUAGGCAGGCGCGACAAGGCAAGUCGAAAAAAAGCAAAGCGUAUAUUUUUUUUUCGUGGAGGCUCUCCGUCUGACUUAUUGUACACUUGUUCGUUGAGUUCGUCAGUCUGGACAAAUUUAUGAUUAGAUCAGAUCCGGAAAUCAUGGUUAAAGGACGCCGGACACGUCAGACCAAUACAGUCGGUCAAUUACUUUCUGGAUCCACUGCUAUCGACGACACGGCGAGUCCUAAACGCAAAGAUUUCAAAUACGACAACAACAUUUCUAACUUUACAAACAAUCAUAUAAAUAAUGACAAUAGCCAGGCCAAAACAAGUGCAACAGUGGAUUCAGCAGCGCCAAUGGUUUUACGUGGAGGUCGAUCCAAAUUGAAUGGAAUUGCUAAAUAUUUGACGACUGGCAAACCUUCAGCACCGAUAGCCAAUGACAAUAAAGCUACUGAAACAAUACAGACCUUCAUCGAUCUCACGGACGAAAACACGUGUGAUUCGUUUGAAAAUGUUGCCAGUGGAAGUGGUAAUCCUCCAGUUAUGACAACUAUUGGUUUCAACAUGAUUCAGAGCAAUCCAGCGAGCAACAUUUUCCUUCAGGAGCCAGUGCUUAGUUUGAACUUUGACAAAACGCCCACGGACAAAUCUCGAAUGAUCAUUAAAAACUCUUUCCUUUCAACUGAAAUGCAAACUAAAUUUUCACCGCCAAAAUGUGAUCCGAUGUGGGGUAGUGCAGCGGCUUCAAUUUCAAUUAAAAUGGAACCAUCAGAGUAUGCACUUGAUCUCUCAAAGCCAACACAGGUUACGGAAAUAGAUUCGACAACGUUCCUAAGCCAGGACAGUAAUUCAUGUGAUAGCGGCGACAGCGGAGUAUUUAUCCUAUCUUCCGGUGCACUCGAUCUAGUGGCUUCAGCCGAUCGGAAACGGCGGAAACCAGCUACUCCGCAUCGCAUUUUGUGUCCGUCUCCUGUGAAGAAUCCCAUCGUUGCUAGUCCUUCAACGGCACUGGCACAUUUGAACAUCCAGAGCAAACGUACUACGAGAAGAAAUGUCAAAUCAAAACGAAGACUUCACACGAAAGAAUCAGAAAAUGCACUGGAGGAAACAGAAGUAAUAAACUCUACCGGUGUCAACAAUUUACCAAACGUGACAACUUCCAGUACAGGAGCGCUACUAAAACCAGAGUUGGACAAGAAGAAACCGGUUUUGAACGAUUCUGUCAAUCCAACUGCGCAGCAAAACACCAACAACAAUAACCAAAGUAGUAAACAGUGUGAGGUUCCUACGGCCGUGCCGACAAAUGCUGCUAAACACGGCGAAGCUGGGACCAACAAGAAGCUUACCGAUUUCUUCCAAGUAAGGAGGAGCGUAAGGAAAACCAAAAAAGAAGUCCAAUGGGAGCGUGAACGAGAUAUUGAAAAAGCUAUUCGUGAAGAACGUGAAACGGGAUUGAAGAUCGCUCACUUCGAGGGUAAAGGACGUGGAAUAUUAACUACAAGACCCUUCAUGAAAGGUGAAUUCGUGGUCGAAUAUGUAGGAGAUCUUAUCGCCGUUGCCGAAGCUAAGGAACGCGAACAGAUAUACGCUGAAGAUGAUAGUACUGGCUGUUAUAUGUACUAUUUUAAACACAAAAAUGUACAGCAUUGCAUCGACGCGACAGCCGAAAGCGGAAAGCUGGGACGGUUAGUAAACCACUCGCGCAACGGAAAUCUUAUGACCAAGACAGUGACUCUUAACAAUCGGCCUCAUCUGGUGCUAAUAGCCAAAGAAGACAUUUUCGAGGGAGUGGAAGUCACAUAUGACUAUGGAGACCGUUCUAAGGAAGCAUUACAGCACUACCCUUGGCUAGCGUUCUAGAGAUGAUUUCAUUGCACGGAAAUCAAAAACAAAGUUUAUUAAAUUUAAUGCAACCAAAAUUUGCGCGCUGUCCUAAUGAUGAUGCUUUUACAUCACUUCGGCUACAGCACGGAGCAAGCGUUUCACAGCCAAGUACCGCCAUAUUGUUUGUGCUGGAGGGAGCAGGAAACAGCGGAGUACAAGCAUUUUGAUGUUCAUUUUCAAUUCCCAAUUUUAGCAUGAAAACAAUAGUCUACAUCUUGCAGUGGUAAUCAUCAAAUAUCAAGAGAUACUCUCUUGUACCGUACCGGAGUGAACAAAAUACCUACACUACAAUUUUUCACCACAUAUCUUGUGGCCAGAGUAAACUAACACACCAAACAAAACGGCAGCGUAUCAGGAACACAACUAGUUAUGUAUUGUUUAUUUACUAUUUUCUUAUAGUUUAUAUGCUGUGCACUGUGUAGUAAAACCGGUAAGAAAAAAAAGAAAAAAGUAAUGCUAUAACGAUAACUGAUUAACAUACAGUUUACUUCCUACUAAAGAGACAAGAUUGUUGAAAUGCAAACACAAAGAUCCUAUUUUUAUUUAUUGCAUUAGUGAGUGUAUGGUGCUGCAAAUUACCGUUUUUUUUUUUCAUUUUAUUUCUGCAUUUAGUUGGAACAAUUUACUAAAAUUAUCAUUGAUGUUUAAUUGCUGCUUAAAUUGUGGUCGAGGAAACCGAUAACAAUCAACAUUGGCUUUGACGAUGAAAACUUCAAAACUCUUGCCUAUCCAAUUGGCAAUCUAACGAUAGCGCUAGGAGAAAUAGAAAAAUUACGAUGGUUUCAAAAUUUUGCACGGCGAGGUAUAGGAGAGAACACUUAAGAAGCAUUUGCUAUCAGAAAAAAAAAUUGUUAAUUUUUUUAUUGCUACUAGCAGGAAGAAACCUAAAAGGCACUCGAGAGGCGUAAUUGUUUUUUUUUUUUCUUAGUUUUCGUUUAGAUCUAUUGAUUCCAACCAACCCAACCAACCAAAAAAAAGAAAUAAAUAUAAAAUAAAAUCAAGUUAAACUUAUUCUCCCAUACCUCGCCGUGCAAAAUUAUGAAGCCAUCAUCAUUUUAAUAGCUCUCCUAUUUGUCACAAGCGGCGCUUUAUGUUAUCGUUUGAUCGUCAAUAGUUAAAAUGUCUUGUUCAAGAAGAGUGUUUCAUUUCUUCGUCUUCUAUACCUAACAGGUAUUACCUAUUCUAAAAAGCAUUGCAAAAGAUCCAAUCUUGUUAGAUUAUCUACACGCUCAUGUAAACCAAAUGGAACACAGUCUUAGUUUGUGCGUGGAAAAUCCGUUUCGUUUGAAAAUGGGAAAAUGGGCUUUUUUCGUCAAGGGGUGAAAUAAAGUUCUUGUCCUCAUAAUGUAUCUUCGUCAAAAAAUGAGCGCCUAAGGUCAUCUCCUGAAGAUAAUUAUUCUAGCAACUAACGACGAUGUAGGGUAAGGAGGGGUAAGAUGGGACACAGGGCAAUCUACUUGAUUUCUUAAUUUGUUUAUUCGUCAACAUCAACCUUAAUGCAGCCCCAGUGCUGGUUUGAAAAAGCAAACAAUUAUUGGGGUGUUGCAUUGAAUCUGUUGAUAUUGACAAACAAAUACAUUAAUAAAUCUAAUAUAAUAACUGGCCCAUCUUGCCCCGCGACUUAUCUUGCUCUACCAGGGGACAAACGUAGAAAAUUCGUAUCGAAUAAGCAAACAGGUUGAUGUAAUGAAAUUGGCUUGUUAGCGGAAUGCUUAAAUAAAACAGCAAGUGAUUCUCUUUAUCAAUGUUGGUACCUAGGGGGAGGAGGGGCAUAGUGAGCAUCCCGCAGUUUGGCUCUGAAUCUCCAGCUGCAUGAAACAAAUCAACUGGUAGUAGGUUCAAUAUCAUUACGAUAUUGAUCAUACUACCAACCAAUUUGUUCCGAACGGCCGGAAGUCCAAGCUGGUGCACGGGAUGCUCACUAUGCCCCACAUGUUCACUAUGCCAGUCAUCAAUUUCAUUCAUUUGAUAAGUUCUUUAUUGCGAAUGACACUGAUGAAGACUGCACAUUGUAGUCGAAAUACGUAUCUGGCAUAUAUAGGUACCAAAAUUAAUUAAGAGGAAUUAAAUGGAAGAUAACUUUUUUGCUGUUUUAUUGAAGCAUUCCGCUAACAACCCAAUUGCAUUACUUCAUUUUUUGCCUAUGCUACCAUAAGAAG